AGGAAAAAGAAGAGUUGUACACAAAAUGGACCUCUUCCUCCUCUCUUUUGCAACCACACUUACUAUAAUCAUCUAUUCUUUGUUCAAAUAUUUCUUUGCCAAGCCAAAAGAAAAAAUGCCUCUAGCUCCAGGCACCUUUGGUUGGCCUAUUAUUGGAGAAACCAUCCAAUUCCUUAAUUCACUUUACUAUGGAUUGGUCCAUGAGUUUGUUCAAGAAAGAACCAAAAAAUACAACUCUCAUGUAUUCAAAACCUCAUUACUUGGCCAAAAAGUUGUUAUUUUUUCUGGUCCAGCAGCUAACAAAUUCAUAUUCACUCAAGGUAAUAAACUUAUCAUUGGUUGGAGACCUAAGUCUGUUCAAAAACUCUUCCCAUCUACAUCAUUUGUCCCUAUUGAACAUGACACCAAAAGGGCACACAAUGUCAUUAGCUAUUUUUUGAACUCACAAAAUGUAGAGAGACUUAUAAGUACUAUGGACAAUAUGUCACAUUUGCACUUGAAAAAUCAUUGGAAAGGGAAACAUGAAGUGAUAGUGUAUGAUCUAGUUAAGUUAUUCACUUUCUCUCUUUCUAUUAGAGCCUUUAUGGGUAUCGAAGAAUCGGAUAAAAUCUUGAAUCUUUAUGAGAAAUUCAAGAUUUUUACACAAGGUCUUUUGGCAGUGGACAUAAAUCUUCCUGGCACAACAUUUUAUAAGGCAAUGAAAGCUGGGAAUGAAUUAAGGAAACAAAUGAAGGUUAUAAUUAAACAAAGAAAGGUUGAAUUAUCAGAAAAUCCAAAUUUGUCAAAAGUUGAUGUGUUAACACAAAUGAUCAAUGAACAAGAUGAAGAUGGAAAGUACAUGACUGAGGUUGAAAUAGAGGAUAAAGUGUUUGGCUUUAUUAUUGGUAGUUAUGAUACUACUGCUACAACUAUUACUUUGACCAUGAAGUACCUUCAGCAAAUGCCUGAGUACUUCAAUGAAAUAAUCCAAGAGCAAAAUGAGAUAUCAAUGCAAAUGAUGCCAAGGGAAGAGCUAUGCUGGAAUGACAUUCAAAAAAUGAGGAAAACUUGGAGCUUUGUGAAUGAAGUGUUAAGAAACACACCAGUUGUUCAAGGUAUUUUUAGAGAAGCAAUAGAGGACUUCACUUAUGAAGACUUCUACAUACCAAAAGGAUGGAAGAUAUAUUUGAGUUUUGGAGCUACACAAAAGAAUGGUGAAUACUUUCCAAAUCCUACAAAGUUUGAUCCGUCAAGAUUUGAAGGAAAUGGACAAGUUCCUUAUACAUCAGUUCCAUUUGGCGGAGGACAUAGAAUGUGUCCUGGAAAAGAAUUUGCAAGAAUAUUGAUUCUUGUUUUUCUUCAUCAUCUACUUAAAAAUUUUAGAUGGGAGCCUAAAGUUCUUUCAGAAAAAAUAUUGUACCCUUUUUUCUUACUAGCUAUCCCAACAGAUGGAUACCCUAUUACCAUUUCUGCUGUUUAAGCUAUUUUUAUUUUUUUUUUAUGAAAAAAAAUGUCAAAGUAUGUCAUCUAGUUAAUGUCUUUCAAUCUAUUAAUGUUGCUUCUUCAAAUUUAAUGGAAGAAUUAAUAAUUAUUGCUUA